CAAAGUGAUGGCCAGGAGAUUAGUGCCUGCAGUCAGGUGCCUGAGGUCCCACUGACCCUUACCCAGUGAAAUCCUUCUCAGUCUCUCGUAACUACUCAUCUUACAAAAAGGAGGCCCCCUCCCUCCCCUUUAGAUCUAGACUCUACCCUGAGGCACCAGUAUUGGGGCUCUGAGCAAAGGAUGCUGGUCAUCUUUUAGGGUAAAAACAGGCAAGUAAGUGCUGUUAAACCCCUGCUCACAGUAGGUUCCUGUAGACACCUCUGCCCCCAUGCCUCCUGCACACAGAACCACAUUCUUCAUUUGCCUGGUCUUGUCAGUCUUCUAAAGUUGAAGACACAGAUGGCUGCAGCUCAGAUUGUUCUGCAUCCUUGUUCCAUGGGGCACAUACUCUCUUGGCAGCUGUGCUACUCAGAGGCUGUGUGGUUGCUGUCGCUGCCGCCAAAUAGCAUAGCUCCAGAGAAGGCCAAAGGGGCAGAGCCUCUGCAGCAGGCAGGAGCACAUCCCCAGCCCCCCGCGCCAGCCCCGGGCCCCAGUAGUCCAGGAUGCUUCCUGCAGCCUACCUGGAGGAAGAACAGAGGGUCAAGCCUUCAAAUGUUCUUCCCUGCCAAUCUUCUGCCAUUCCAGCAGGGCUGCAGCAGUGCAGCUUGGAAGCCAUACUGAAGCACAGUGACUCUUAGUGGAAGGCACAAUUACCACUCUUGUCUUGCAAGAAGAUGAAAAAACCCCUAUUCCUAAGGGUCAACCAUCCAAAAAGCAUUUGUUUGAGGAGGACAGGGGAGAAAGUGGAGAUAACAUGGCUUUCUAAUCACACCACCUGUGUGGCAUUGCAGCAUACAUCUUAAGUGAAGCAGUACACCUGGACAGAAUGUCAGCGCUAAUUUAGAACUAAAUUGAUGAGCUUGGAAUAGCAGUGGCUGGCUCCCCUUCCUUGAGAAAUGCUUCCUUUUGACUGUUCCUUGGUCUGUUUUAGAGAAUCCCCCCAUUGCUCUUCAUGUUGGCAUGGUGGAGUAAUGGAGACACGGGGGACCAGCUGAGGCUGGCUUCUCAGGAAAGGCACUGACCACAAUGGCUACCUCCUUCUUUGCUUGAUUGCCUGUUGCCUCUAAAGGCAAAGCUGCGCCAGCCCUGACCAUGGAAAAUCCAAAAGGAUUCCCAUUUCCUCUUAUUCCAAAUGGGAGAACAAACAAAAGCAACCACUGAGGUGGCGGUCCCUGGGCUGGCAGAGGCAAACCGUUCUCUCCUGGGUACCCCCUCUUGCCUAGGGAGAAUGUGGCCUACACAGGUGCACCGUAUCAGCAUCCCGCAAGCAAACCAAAGAACGAUGCCAGGGAUUCAAGGCAGAGAAGUUAAGGAUGGGGCUAGGUUUGGGAGUGAAGCAGCAUCAGGAAAAGGGUCUGCCAUAUCGCGAGGCUUUGAGUACCCAGGAAGAGAGAACGUCACCGACACUACCUCCAGAAAACUUGUCCAGAGUGGAGUCAGAGACUGCGGGGUGGUCCACUGGUUUCUCCAAGAGGGGAUGGAGGGCACUCAGAGCGGAUGGUUUGUGGUCAGCUUAAAGGCAAACACGGUCUAAAAUAUUGAACUUAAAAUUGUUUCAAGCAGUUUCACAUUAAGAGCUACCUCAUCCAUCUUGACAUUUUGGGAAAUACAGGUUAUAUAAAGUAGAACGCCGUAUGGGUGGGAAAAUUAAAGCCAAGUAAGCUUCAAUUUAAAACACAGACAUACUCAGUACUGUGUAGGGCAUGUUGGGAGCCAGAUGUAAGGCUGAGUGCCCCACAGGGUCGUGGGGUGAGCCUUAUGCCGUGCUGAGGCGCAGGAUCUGAGAAAUAAAGAGGACACAGAAGUACAAGAAAAACACAGCUGGGCUCGGGGGGGGGGGGGACACAUCACCUAUAAGCAGUCAGGCGAGGCCCCGAAUGUCCAGAAGCGUGAGCAUUGUGUAUAGGUUAGGGGGCGGGGCAGUGAGUGAAAUCAUCUUUAAGGAUAGUGAUAGGGUCGUGAGCAAUAGAACAUGGGGUCCACCCCCAUUAGGUCACCUAGGCCAGCAGGUGGACAGUGCACAGCAAGGGGUCCGUUCCCAGGAAGGCAAGGGCCAUGCACAGUAAGGGGUUCACCCCCUUUAGGUCACCGAGGUUUGAAGGUGGGCCAUGCGCAGUGAAGAGGGUGCAGCGUGCAAUACUUCUAUGGGCAAACUACUUCUAAGAAGAUUUAUAGGAGGAUGCUUUAAGUCACACAGCAGUGACACAGCUGUCAGGGUCACUGCCACCUUCUGGCAGCUUCCAAUGGGUUCUAUGGGAAGAUGCUUUUCAAGCAGCACAGUAGCAAGAGCUGAUAAAGUUCACAGUCACCAAGGUGGAUUGCCGUUCUGAGGGCAGCCUUCCACAAGAACUGGAGCAAGGUCCUACAACUCCUUUAUCAGGAGGGAGGGGUUCUCGCCCCAAGCCUGCCAUACAGCGAGUAUCUUUAUGAUACUGAAUGCUACCACCUGGGCCAUGGAUUCUUGUCCUGGUAUAACUGUUUUUCCCUUAAAUCAUGCUCUGCACUGUGUCUGCUCUAGGCAUUCCUCUGAUUAUAAGCUGCUUAUUCCUUAAUUCAUGCUCUGUACUGUGUCCACUCUAGGCAUUCCUCCAAUUAUGAACUAAGAUAUAAUUAGAGGUAUAUAUGUAGGGAAAUAUUCUUUAGGCACUCAUACUAUCAACUAUUACAUGAUUACAUAUAGAGGAAUAUAUAAAGGGAUUCUUCAAGCCCUAUUUCUAUAAACUAAUAUAUGAUUAUGUAAAGGAUUAUAUAAAAGGAAAUAGCUGAGUAGCAACACUAUAAAGUGAGAUAUUCCUCAGGCCCUAACUGUGCCAGGGUUCUGCUUAGCUCUCAUUCCUCGGUGCCUAUAUGGGGUUACCCAUAGUACUGCUUGGCCGAAACUACAAAAAACCCACCAAACCAAUAAAACACAACUCUGGAAAGAAGCUACUUCAGUAAAAUCUUUUAUAAACAACUCAGGGUAAAAAGUCUAGCUGUUGAUCAAGCCCAGGAAAAUCCCCCUGCCUAGAAGAGGGCAGUGGGACUUGAAGGUCGACCAGCCUAGCCUGGAGACCAUUCUUCUAAGGCACAAAAACAACAGGAAUGAGGCAUCAGCCAAGGACUCCUCCUACAGCACAGAACUCACAGCUGUCUCCCUUCACCCUUCACACACAACAGGCUUCUUCCUACUAAGGAUGAAGCAAAAGAUUCACACUGAUGUACCAGAAAAUCAAAACCAUUAACAUUUACAGUUAGACUCCUUCCCUGUGAGCAGGGACUGCAAACCCAGACAGAGCUGGCCUGGCCACGGCCUCCCAAUGAAAACGCCUUGGGAGAAGCCAAAAGUGCUCGCUGCUAAACACCAUUGUCAGCUAAAGGGAAAAGAAAUCCCUUUUAAGGAAAGUAACUUCAAUAGGCUGCUUUUCUGCCAGGACUUUCAAUCCCUCUGAACAUAAGCCGACCACAGACCGCUGCACGUAUGUCUGGGUCCUGCCGUUUCUUCCCUCACCCCUCCACAGAGCUUCAGCACCAGUUAGCCAAAAAUAAACACCAUUCCUCAACCAUAUAUGUCCACUGGCAGCCCAGAACUGGGGAGGAGAGGAGGCAGGUCAGCCCGUCCCCUAGCUGCAGUCGCAGUCACAUGUGGUUGCUGCUCACCAUGCACAUAACCCAGCUCAACCGGGAGUGCCUGCUGCACCUCUUCUCCUUCCUAGACAAGGACAGCAGGAAGAGCCUAGCCAGGACCUGCCCUCAGCUCCGCGAGGUGUUUGAGGACCCCACACUCUGGUCCCUACUGCACUUCCGUUCCCUCACUGAACUCCAGAAGGACAACUUCCUCCUGGGCCCUGCUCUCCGCAGCCUCUCCAUCUGCUGGCACUCCAGCCGUGUGCAGGUGUGCAGCAUUGAGGACUGGCUCAAGAGUGCCUUCCAGAGGAGUAUCUGCAGCCGGCACGAGAGCCUAGUCAAUGAUUUCCUCCUCCGGGUGUGCGACAGCCGCCCCAGGACUCUGCUGAGCCGGGGUCGGAGCUUUCCCACUAGGGGCUCCCCAGGCUACGAGCCACGAACCCACGUAGAUGAAGGUAUGCUGAGACGCAGGGGCAGAAAGGGCAGGGAAAAUGGGCCGGCCAGAAAGCUGACUUGGAACCCUGCGAGUCGUCGCAGCCAAGUGUCUUCACUUCGCAAGGCCCGAGUCCUCGGUGCCCCAAUCUGGCGUCCGUCACUCUGUCGGGCUGCGGCCACGUCACCGACGACUGCCUGGCGCGCCUGCUCCGCUGCUGCCCACGCCUGCGCGCACUGCGCCUGGAGAAUUGCGCGCGCGUCACCAACCGAACGCUAGCGGCCGUGGCAGCGGACGGGCGCGCGCUGCAGACGCUGCACGUGGACUUCUGCCGCAACGUGAGCGCGGCCGGCCUGCGCCGCCUGCGCGCCGCGUGCCCGCGCCUGGCCCUGCACGCCGAGCACAGCGCCGCCAUGCUGCCCGACCAACCCCCGCGCCCGCGCGCGCCCGCCGCGGCCUUCGGCAAGCUGCUGCAACGCUAGAUACCGCCCCGCCGCGGCCCCCGGGGAAGGAGCGCAGCCCCAUACCGUCCUGGUUUCGACCCCAGCUCUUCCACCUUUCAGACCAGCACCGCAUCUUCUGAGCCUCAGUUUCCCCGUCUGCACAGCGGGGAUAACAAUGCCUACCUCACGUUAAGACUUUAUACCCAGGAUGAAUGCAAGAUUAAAUGGAUGUUUGGAAAA